ACAGGUUCAGGAAAGACCCUGGCAUACCUGUUAUUGAUAUUCUCCGUUAUAAAUGCAAAGAGAUCAGCUGUUCAGGCCCUGAUUGUUGUGCCCACUAGGGAGCUUGGCAUUCAGGUCACAAAAGUUACACGAAUGUUGGCUGCUAAUUAUUCAGAACUUGAAUCAGACCACAAGUCUUGCACUGUUAUGGCUCUUUUAGACGGUGGAACAUUGAGAAGACAUAGGAGUUGGUUAAAGGUACAAAACUGGCUGGCUGUUACAGCUGUUAAUUUUUUUUAUUUUUCCUAUAAACUCAAACUAGAAUGCAUCCUGAAGUGCUGACGACGCAUCAUUAUA